AUUGGGUCCACCGGCAUGAGACAGAAAGUGAGGACCUUCCUGCAUUGUUGCGACGCUUUACCAUGUCAAUUAUUGAGAGAGAGUGUGUCAAUUAUAGAGAGAGAGAGAGAGAGGUGUUCUUGAGUUCAUUUAUUUACCAGUUUGACGGAGAACACAAGAGCAACGCGAAAGAAGGAUGAUGGGAGAGGAGGGGAAAACCAUAGUGGUGGUAGAUGACGGUCUCAUUAAGCCAUGUUUCUCCGCUGCCAUGAAAGCUCAAAGAGAGCAUGAGCGCACCACUUUAUCUCACUUCAUCGUUGAGAAGAAGCCGAAGAGUGGGCAUGUGAUCAUGGGAUUUGCAGGGAGUUGGCGAAGUUUGGAGGCCGAUUUGCUGCGAUCAAAGGGAAAGUUUGGAGAGUGUAAAGUGGACCUUGGCAUCUUCCCUUUGCUCAAAAACCUCUGCACCGAUGAGCCAGCCAAAGUCAAUGAAGCCUUUCUCCAUCGCUUUUCAGAUCUCUUCCUCGAAGAUGAUCGAUUUCAGAAAAAGGAGAAGUUGAUACUUACCGGCCACUCUAUUGGGGGAUCAAUUGCAAUCAUAGCCACUCUGUGGCUUCUCAACCAGUCCCAAAAACCAGGCACCAACCUUACCACCCCUCAAUGCAUCACCUUUGGAUCUCCAUUAGUGGGAGACCAACGCCUUGUCCAGGCAAUUUGUAGAGAGAAUUGGUCCUCACACUUCAUCAACUUUGUAUCAAGACACGAUGUAGUUCCCCAAAUCCUCUUCUCCCCUUUCUCCUCCAUUCACGCUCAAUUACGUUUAAUUCCUUCGCUAUGGACACCUUUUUCUUCUUCAUCCAAUAAUGUAAGAUUUCAAGAAAUAGCAGCCAAGCUUUACACUACUGUAAUGACCAACACAUUGUCCAUAGCUAGCUGCACUAGUGCCUCUUUUUCUAUAGUACCGGGGGUCACUAAUCCAAUGUUUGAUGCCAUAGCUAGCAUGGUAGAACUUAGUCCACAUAGACCUUUUGGGUUGUCUGUAUUUUUCGAUGAAAACAUGAGAAGCAUGAGAAUGGUGGGACUUGAGAACUGCGAGGCUACUUUGCAAGUGAUGUUCUACACAGCGCAAUCAGAUACCCAUGAAGUUGUGGAGGUGGCCAAGAGAGGGCUUGCAUUGUCUACUCAAGGUAGCAACGACAACGAAACCAAUUCGCUUCUCCACGACUUUGGACUGACACAAUUAUUAACCAAAGCUUAUUUCACCUUAGUAUACCUGAUAAUUAUACCCUCUUGUCCUCUGUCAGACCACAGGCCAAAAGGAAAGAGCCCGGGAGAAUUUUCAGUACGAAUGUGUUUAGCCAUUGAAGCCACCCAAGGUACAAAAGCAAGGCUAGCCCUUUGUAUGGCCAGACAAUCCGCAAAGCAAAAGCAAGACAACCAAGCCAAAGUAAGCAAGAGUUUUGACAAACUUCAGCCAGCAUUGAGUUGGCUCAUGGAUUACCGGGACAGUUAUGAAAAGGAAGGUACAUGUUACUAUGACCCGUUUAAGGCCCAAAAUAACACAAAGGACUUCAAGGCCAAUGUGACGCGGCUACAGCUUGCAGGUCUCUGGGAUGAGGUGAUUGCUCUAUUACGUGACCACCAAUUACCGGACAUCUUUGAGACGAACCCUGAAUGGGUAGGAAAAGCCACCACAUAUCGACGCUUAGUAGAGCCCCUUGAUAUAGCCAAUUACUACAGGCAUGCUAGAAAUAAGGAUUGUGGGCCUUACAUGGAUAAGGGUAGACCUAGGCGCUACAAGUACCCACAGAAGUGGCUAGAGAGGAGCGAACCCAAGAUAGGCUCGCCAAAGUUCGACUCGUCUUGGUUAAUGGCAGAGGUGGAAGAAAUGUUGAGAGAGAGGAGUUUUAUAGAUAUGAAGGAGAAGGUGUUGGAUUUUGAAAUGGAGAUGUUGGGCUGGAAGAAUGAAGGCAUGUUAGUGCUGAGGACGGAUAUAGGGGUGGCUGAGGGGUCUACAUUUCUGAAAUGGUGGAACACACUCCCUGUAGAGCACAGGGAGAAUAGUUGCAUCAAGGAUUGGUUUGUUUCAUGAAGGAAGAUAUAGCUUUCUUUAGAGCCAAAGGAAGUUAUAACUCCAUUGUCUGAUUUCAUAGGAGCACUACCCCUCAUAAUUGUAACAACUAGGUUUAAAAUAUUAUGGGUCAUUUGGCUCCCUCAGUAUGAAAACUCACUGUUUUAAAUCAACCUGAUUCUUUCAAUCCUUGGUUUAGCAAAAACCUAGUCAUGGGGACAGGAAUGUUUGGAUAGAACCAUGAAAAUUUCCCAUUUUUUGUUCAUCAAUUUGUAUAACCUGGGUUUGCAUC